AUAUAAUAUCGAGCAAAUUUAAAUAAUUAGUAGAGCUCUCACUUUUUAUUAUUCAAGUGAUUCGUAUAGAUAAAUAUGGCGAGAUAUUCCUCCUUCUUGUGCUUCCUUCUGGCAGUUUUGCUCUUCACCUCCCUCGGAGGCGGGAAAUCGGCGGUGGAAGCAGAACAAUGCGUAUCGGUAUAUGAUUGCAAUGGCGGAAACGAUGCUUGCAACAAGAAAUGCCAAGCUAUUUUCCAUGGCGUCGGAACUUGCAACGACCCCAAUACUCCCAACUUCUGUUCUUGCAAAUAUGACUGCCCCAAAGCUAGAGACUAAUUGAAGAAAGAACAGUGGUGUCGCUAUAGAUAAGAUGGAUCGAGUUAAAAACUUUUUAUAGUAUAUGUACGCUGUCCACACUUAAUUUUUAAUCGGAGCAAUAAUCCAUCUUGGCAGUCAUAAUUAAUCUUUU